AUGCGGCACGGUAUUUUUUUCCUGUUGAACCUAUUCGCUGGCCUUGCGGUAGCCAACUCUGAUGCGCUCGCCGAUAGUUUUAUCAACAGCAAAAUCAAAGACUGCGAUGAUCCAAAAGUCUUCAGAGUCGGUUGGGUAAAAGGGGACACCACGCAAACAAUCAACAAUCUCAAAGAGCAUAAGAUAGAUAUCGGAAUAACAUACCACCAGGUGGCCGAGCAAAACGCCAUUGGCGGGGGUUUUGCAAAAGGAUGCAACUAUGAAAGAGACGACAAAGAAGAUCACAAGAAAUGUUACCAAAAGCCUUGCUUCGAUAGUUGCACAAAUCCAGUGGAAAGGCCCUGUUCUACGUUUACUGACCACUUCUACCUGGUCGGACCUAAAGAGAAUCCUGCAAAAAUUGAUCCCUCCAAGGACGAUAUCACGACCACGUUCAGGAAGAUAUAUGAGGCAGGCGAGAGGGGCGAGGUUCGCUUCCUCACUCGAUUUGAUAAAUCUGCGACCAACAUCAAGGACUCAGAGAUGUGGAUUGGUAUUGGGCAGGUUCCUUGGGCACAGGUCUACUCAGACUGGUACCACCAAUAUAUUGCUUUCCCGGUUGAAGCGUUGACGGAAGCCAUUAAACAGGGGGAAUAUACCAUCACUGAUCGCGGAACUUUCCUCACACUAAUGAGUUCGUCUAAGGAUCUCACGGAUAAUACUACGAUUUAUCGCAAAGGGGAAAACUGCGGUGACCCGCUGCUCAACCCGGCCGACAUAAUAGUCUCAGGCCAACCUCUGGAUUCCCACAAGCCAUAUAUGGAUGAUUUUGUGAGAUGGGUCCAUGACAGUGACGGACAGGCAGUUAUUCGAAACUACAUUAAACCACCACAGAAAUAUUGCUUCUAUAAUGGGUUCGACCUUGAUCUUAAGGGUAACUGCACGUGGGACUUGGAUGCUCCUGACAUUGUUGUAGGAGAUGGCUUGUGA